GUGGACGUGCUGUGCGCGUGCGCACGCCCGCAUCGCGCGUGGGACUGCGGCUGCGCUGGCCGCCGGAGGCCGGGUGCAGGUAGUGGCUUCUCGCUCUUCUUCUCCUUCCGCCCUCCAGCUCCGAGUCGGAUCGGCGCUGCGUGGGGAGAGGGGUGUGGAGGAGCCGGGUCAGGUGUCUUUUCCUCUCGCCACGCUUUCCUCGGGUUUCUGGCUCAUACCAAGCACCCGAGAAAAACCACCUUGGAUGUUGUUUCUUUGGCCUUUAAGGUAUUUCAACAACAGUCAGUACCUGCUGGGCGUGUCGUGGUCUGCUACAGAACGUCUCUGACCCUCCGAGUCUCAACCAUGCUGUCAAACGGCUUGCAAAGUUUCCUAAAAGUUACAAGCCCUCAUCUAAUACACACAGGGUUGUGCCAGCGAUUGAUAAGUGAAAGGAGGUUUUUCGGAACUGUGCCAACACCCAGAUUGCGUAGGCGGGUUGUCGUUACAGGCAUUGGCUUAGUGACUCCUCUGGGUGUUGGCACUCAGCUGGUGUGGGAUCGUCUUAUCCAGGGAGAGAGUGGAAUCGUUUCACUGGUCGGUGAAGAGUAUAAGAGUGUCCCUUGCAGUGUUGCAGCUUAUGUGCCAAGAGGUUGUGAUGAAGGUCAAUUCAAUGCACAAAACUUUGUGCCCAAAUCAGAUAUCAAGUCUAUGUCUUCUCCCACCGUUAUGGCCAUUGGGGCUGCUGAGUUAGCCUUGAAAGAUUCUGGCUGGCAUCCUCAGUCAGAAGCUGACCAAGAGGCUACUGGUGUUGCAAUUGGCAUGGGAAUGGUUCCCCUUGAAGAGAUUUCUGAAACCGCGUUGAUGUUUCAGACGAAAGGUUACAGUAAAGUCAGCCCAUUCUUUGUCCCUAAGAUUCUGAUCAGUAUGGCCGCAGGCCAGGUCAGCAUUCGCUAUAAACUCAAGGGCCCCAAUCAUGCAGUGUCCACAGCCUGUACCACGGGAGCUCAUGCUGUGGGAGACUCUCUGAGGUUCAUAGCCCACGGCGAUGCUGAUGUGAUGGUGACUGGAGGUGCCGACUCUUGCAUCAGCCCUUUGUCGCUGGCUGCGUUUUCCAGAGCCCGGGCUUUGAGCACAAACUCUGAUCCGAAGUCGGCAUGUCGGCCAUUCCAUCCCAAGAGAGAUGGUUUUGUGAUGGGAGAAGGUGCAGCUGUGCUGGUGCUAGAAGAACACGAGCAUGCUGUUCAAAGAGGGGCUCGGAUCUAUGCAGAGAUUUUGGGCUACGGACUCUCAGGUGAUGCCAGUCACAUAACCGCCCCUGAUCCUGGAGGAGAAGGUGCCUUAAGAUGUAUGGCUGCUGCUCUAAAAGAUGCAGGUGUACAGCCUGAAGAGAUAUCCUACAUCAACGCACAUGCUACUUCCACACCGUUGGGAGACGCUGCUGAAAACAAAGCCAUCAAACAUCUUUUCAGAGAGCACGCCCACACCCUUGCCGUUUCCUCCACCAAGGCAGCCACGGGACACCUGCUGGGGGCUGCCGGGGCCGCUGAGGCAGCUUUUACCUCCCUGGCUUGUUAUCAUCGAAAACUGCCACCUACUUUAAACCUGGACUGUACAGAACCAGAAUUUGAUCUCAAUUAUGUUGCACUCAAGGCACAGGAAUGGAAAACUGAGAAGAGAUGUAUUGGACUCACCAAUUCCUUUGGUUUUGGUGGUACAAAUGCAACACUUUGUAUUGCUGGCAUGUAGGACAAAUCAUCUGUCAUUAAAUAUUGAUUUUUUUACCUGUUAUAAACUGCAUUAAGUUGAGAAAUAA